UCUGUCAUGUGAUCAGCUGUGUCCAAUCACAGCUGAAAGCACUGAUCAUCAGGGCACUGAUGAUCAGUGUAGCCCCGUCAGUGCCACCUGUCAGUGCCCAUCAAUGCCAAAUACAAGUGCCCAUCAGUGCACAUCAAAGCCACAUAUCAGUGCCUACCAGUGCACAUCAGUGCCACAUAUCAGUGCCCAUCAGAGCUGCCUUUCAGUGAUGCCUAUCAGUGCCAGUCAGUGACGCCUGGCAGUGACACCUAUCAGUGCUGCUUAUCAGUGCCAGCCAGUGCUGCCUAUCAGUGUUGUCAGUGCCGCCUAA